AUGCCUACUGCAAGCGCUCUCAGCUGCUCCCUCCUCACGGCCACCAUCGUCUACUCUUUCUUGACGCUCUUUGCCCCAACUUGUUCAAUAGCUACUACUGCCACAUUCGUUGAUGAACCCAACAAAGACUUGGAGGCCCUCCUCUGCCUCAAGCGCCACCUCUCCAACAAUCCCAAAACACUCGCCUCUUGGAACGAUACCCUCCAGUUUUGCAGCUGGCCCGGCGUCACCUGCGGCAAGAAGCACGCAUCUCGUGUCACGGGACUUGACCUUGAAUCGCUAGGCCUGGAUGGACAAAUACCACCCUGCAUCGGCAAUCUCACUUUCCUCACAACGAUCCACCUCCGGGAUAAUCUGCUGACCGGCGGGAUCCCAUCUGAGGUAGGCCAUCUGCGUCGCCUUGUCAAACUAAGCCUUCAGUCCAACAACCUUACGGGUGCAAUACCCAGCUCUUUGUCUGCCUGCUCAAGUCUUGGGUCCAUUGAUCUUGGGAGCAACUCCCUCAACGGGGAAAUACCCACGGGUUUGGCCAACUGUUUAAAUGUCACAAAUAUCUUCCUAGAUAGGAACGAGCUUCAUGGAAGCAUUCCAUACGGGUUCGGCAUGCUUCCUAAGCUUUCAGUUCUGUUUCUUGCUAGCAACAACUUGACGGGCAGUAUUCCUUAUUCAAUUGGAAGCAGCUCAUCACUCAACUAUGUCGUCCUGACAAACAACAGCCUAACUGGAGGUAUCCCACCUCCUCUAGCAAACAGUUCAUCACUUCUAGUGCUAGACUUGGAAAGAAAUGACAUCACUGGAGAGAUACCUCCAGCUCUCCUUAACAGCCUCACUCUUACAACCAUAAAUCUUGCACGAAACAAUUUUUGGGGGUCUAUUCCACCUUUCUCACAAUUUUCACCACUGGAGACUCUCUACCUAUCCAAUAACAAUCUCUCAGGCAGCAUACCUUCCUCUGUAGGAAACUCUUCUUCCCUUCAGUCACUUUUGCUUGCAGCGAAUCACAUCCAAGAAAGCAUUCCAUUGACCUUAAGUAGAAUUCCCAACUUACAAUUACUCGACCUGACCGACAACAACUUAUCCGGUCCCGUUCCCGCCUCUCUCUACAAUAUAUCUACCCUCACAUACCUUGGAAUGGGAACCAACAGCCUAGUAGGGGAGAUUCCAGCAAAUUUUGGCAAUACCCUCCCAAACAUCCAAAGUUUCUUUGUUCACGGAAACAAAUUUCAUGGUCGCAUUCCCGCAUCAAUGGCCAAUGCUACAGAUCUUAAGAAAAUUUCUCUCCAUGAUAACGCAUUCAGUGGCAUUAUUCCUUAACCACACUAGAUAUAGGCAAGAACCAGCUCGAAGCUGGAGACUAGACUUUCCUCUCCUCGCUCGUUAAUUGCACAAAGCUAGUGAACUUACAAGUAGAUGCAAAUAACCUGCAGGGAAUCCUGCCAAAUUCUAUUGGCCAUCUUCCAAAAAGCUUACAACAUUUGAUGUUGAGAGAAAACAAAAUAUCUGGCACCAUACCACACGAGAUAGGGAACCUCGUAAACCUCACAGAUCUUCGCAUGGAGCAAAAUCUGCUUACUGGAAACCUUCCUGAGUCACUUGGAAAUCUUUCAAACUUGAUUGUUUUAAGCUUAUCCAGAAACAAACUUUCUGGGCGAGUUCCACUUUCCAUUGGUAACAUCCGUCAAUUAAAUGAGCUCUACUUGCAAGAAAAUCAUUUUGGUGGUCCCAUUCCUUGAACUUUAGCACACUGCCAAAACUUAGACAUUCUAAACCUCUCAUGUAACUCCUUUGAAAGUACAAUACCAACGGAACUGUUUACUCUGUCCACACUCUCUGAAGUUCUUGACCUCUCUUACAACAAACUCUCUGGAGCAAUACCAAUGGAAAUUGGUCGGUUAAUCAACCUUUCCCCCCUCAAUCUUUCCAACAACCAGCUGGAGAAAUUCCUUCAACACUAGGUGAGUGCCUCCAUUUCGAAGGAAACCUACUUGAUGGGUGGAUCCCUCAAUCUUUCACUGAAUUGAGAGGCAUAAGUGACAUGGAUCUUUCUCGAAACAACUUAUCUGGUCAGAUUCCAGAUUUCUUCGAGGCCUUCAGCUCCAUGUCACUUCUCAAUUUGUCAUUCAACAACCUGGAGGGACCUGUACCAACUGGUGGGGUCUUCCAAAAUGCAAGCAAGGUGUUCGUCCAAGGGAACAAAGAGUUGUGUGCCGUUUCGUCACCAUUGAAACUGCCACGUUGCCGCACAACUGCAUCUGAACACAAGCACACCUCCAACAUACUGAAGAUAGUGGGAUUUUCUUCUCUUUCUUUGGUCCUAUUAUCAUGUAUUGGAUUCAUUUUUCUGAAGAAGAGAAACAAGGUCAAACAAGAAACACUUCCAUCCAUCAAGGGGUUCAAGAAGAUAGCAUAUGCUGAUAUAGUGAAAGCAACAAAUUGUUUCUCUUUAGCCAACUUGGUUGGCUCAGGAAACUACGGGUCCGUGUACAAAGGUAGAAUUGGGUCUGAAGAACAUGCAGUUGCUAUCAAAGUUUUCAAACUUGAUCAACUUGGAGCAACAAAGAGCUUCCUUGCUGAGUGUGAGGCCUUGAGGAACACUCGUCAUCAUAAUCUUGUAAGGGUGAUCACUGUGUGCUCAACAAUUGAUCGUGCAGGACAUGAUUUCAAAGCUCUAGUGCUUGAAUAUAUGGUCAAUGACAACCUGAAAAGUUGGCUCCA